AUGGUUGUAAACUUCCAAGAACUUGCUAGACCAUACAAGAAUGAGUUUAGCGAACAAGACAUUCAACACUACAUCGAAGUCUUUAAAAAGUUUGACAAGGACGGUAAUGGUUCGAUCGAUGUUCAAGAAUUGGAAUCAAUUACCAGUGAUUUGGGUGAAAAGAUUCCACAUGUUGAACUUCAAGCUCAAAUCAAUGAAGUUGACCACGAUGGUAAUGGGGCAAUUGAGUUUGGUGAGUUCUUAGAGGUUAUUAAACAUUUGAAGAAGGGUAAACACUCUGCAUUCUCACAACAUGUUGUAACUCGUUUGGCUACUGCCACUGGUACACAUUCAUUCUCUGAGGAGGAGAAGGUCUCGUUUGCUGAGCAUAUGAAUAGCGUGCUCUCGGGUGACGCUGUUGCUGAUGCUCGUCUCCCAAUCAAUCCAAACAACAUGGAUCUGUUCGAGAAAGUAAAGGACGGUAUUCUUCUUUGCAAACUUAUCAACUAUGCCGUUCCAGACACCAUUGACGAGCGUGCUCUCAACACCAAGACCGGUAUGAACAAAUACCAAAUGACCGAGAACGGUAACAUCGUUGUCAACUCUGCCAAAGCGAUCGGUUGUUCAGUUGUAAACAUUGGUGCCAAUGAUAUCAAUGCUGGUACAGAACAUUUGAUUUUGGGUCUUGUAUGGCAAAUCUUGAGAAUUGGAUUGCUUUCACAAAUUUCGCUUGCUCAUCACCCAGAGUUGUUCCGUUUGUUGGAACCAGGAGAAUCUAUUGAGGAUCUCUUGAAGUUACCAGCUGAGCAAAUCUUGCUUCGUUGGUUCAACUAUCACCUCAAGAAGGCCGGUCACUCACGUAAGGUCACUAACUUCUCUGGUGAUAUCAAGGACAGUGAGUGCUACACUAUUCUCCUCAACCAAUUGGCUCCCGCACAAUGCGACAAGUCGCCUCUAGAGACUUCAGAUCCACAAGAGCGUGCCAAACGUUUAUUAGAUCAAGCAGAGAAGAUCAACUGUCGUAAAUUCGUCAAACCAAAUGACAUUGUUAAAGGAAAUCCAAAACUAAAUCUUGCAUUUGUUGCUAACUUGUUCAAUACAAUUCCAGGAUUGGAACCACUCACUGAAGAAGAGAAAGCUGGUCUCGAUGCUUUCUUGUUCAACUCUGAGGGUACACGUGAGGCAAGAUGUUUCGCAUUGUGGAUUAACUCUUUGGGUAUCGAUCCGUUUGUCAACAACUUGUUCCAAGACUUGCGUGACGGUUUGGUCAUUCUCAGAGUACUCGAUAAGAUCAACCCAGGUUGUGUCGACUGGAAAAAAGUCAAUGAGAAAGUACCGAUGAUCAAGUUCAAGCAAGUCGAGAACUGUAACUAUGCCGUCAACAUUGCCAAGGACAUGAAGUUCUCGUUGGUCGGUAUCGGUGGUACCGAUAUCCACGACGGCAAUCAAACAUUGACACUCGCAUUGGUAUGGCAAAUGAUGCGUUACAACGUCAUGUCCAUUCUCAAGUCACUCUCGAAUCGUACCGGUCGUGAUAUCACUGACAGCGAGCUAGUCAAGAUGGCCAAUGACCGUGUCAAGACCUCUGGAAAGAACUCGAGAAUGGAGAGCUUCCAAGACAAGUCUCUCACCGACUCUAUCUUCUUCCUCGACCUCCUCAACUCCAUUAGAAACUGCGUCGACUACAACCUCGUUCAUCGUGGUAGCAUCUCUGAAGAAGAGAAACUCCUCAAUGCCAAAUACACAAUCUCUAUCACCCGUAAACUCGGUGGCUGUAUCUUCCUAUUGCCAGAGGACAUUGUUGAGGUUAAAUCAAAGAUGAUAUUGACCCUUAUUGCAUCCAUCCUCUCUGUCGCUCAACAACAACAACAUUAA